CUAACUUAGUACAAAAUACGCAAAAAGUUUCCUUUUCCGGGAAAAUUUAUUGAAAAAGCGCAACAGGUGGCCACUUUUACGCAAUAAAACAGCAGGAAUUGGCUUAUUAAUCGAUUCGGCAUUGAUUCCAAGUCGAAGCAAGAGGCAAAGUAAUGCAGAAAGCAGCUGAUUGGGAAACAGCUGCCAGCGCUGAAGACCGGCUGAAAAUCUUAUAACCCGGUGAGAAAAAGAGGAAGAACCACCGAUCCAGUAUUUUAGAGCACCCAAAUGUAGCCGGGACUUCACUUAAGCCACUUCGACUGAGAUUUAGCGAACAAAUGGCGGACGAAAUGGCUACCAAGGAGUCCUUCCGUGAGCGGCAAAGCCAGGAAUUGGAGGUGAUAAAGUCCAUCUUCGGCGGCGAAGUGGAGGACCUCAGACCACAGGCGAAUCCUGCCCUAUGGAAGCCCACGGACAUAAGGAUCCAGCUCACCCCGCUGAGAGAUUCAUCCAAUGGUCUAGAGACCUAUGUCUGCACAAAACUGCAUGUCACCUGUCCUUCAAAGUACCCCAAAUUGCCGCCCAAAAUCUCACUCGAGGAGUCGAAGGGCAUGUCGGAUCAGGUGCUGGAGGCCCUACGCAACCAACUGCAGGCCCAGUCCCAAGAGCUGCGUGGUGAAGUAAUGAUCUAUGAACUGGCCCAGACCGUUCAGGCCUUCCUGCUCGAGCACAACAAGCCGCCCAAGGGCUCCUUCUACGAUCAGAUGCUUCAGGACAAGCAGAAGCGCGACCAGGAGCUACAGGACAUACAACGGCAGCGGGAAUCCCUACAGCGCCAGACGCUCAUCGACGAGGUGGAGCGGCGCAAGGAGAUGUUCAAAACGGAGGCUAAGAGGCGCGGCGAGCCCAGGCGCAGCAUGAGCGAAUCGAAUCCCCGGCACCCCAGCUCAUCGGAGAGCUCCGAGAAUUCCUCGCCUUACUAUAGAGGCCACAUUUACCCAUCGAAAUGCCUGGAUCACCGAAACACGGAUACGCUCUACUUCCACAAGAUGGGCAGGCAAAUUCAGCGGGGAGGCUGUGUGGGUCACUCACAGCGGGGGUGCAUCGCCUACACCGGCAUAGAUAUGCACUGCGGCCAGCUGCUCUAUAUCACCGAGUGGAACAUCAAGUACUGCCAACUGGAGCAGCCCUGCAUCGGCGGAGGAAAGUGUCACUGGAGCAGCGAGUCAAAGUGCAUGGGCAGUCAUCGUGUGGACGACGUGAUCGCCGCCAUCGAGAAGCAGGUUGCCUCGCUGGCCCAAUUGCAGCACAAGAACCUCGUCUCGUACGAGUGCGUGCUUUGCAUCAAGCGGAAGGAAGGGUUGCUCGUGUAUUUGGUCCAGGACUUCCUCCUCGGGACCAGUGUGUUCAGCAUCUCCUCCUCGCUGGGUUGGUGCAUGGACGGCGCUCGAAUGGUGGCACGUGGUGUUCUGGAUGCCCUUAUUUUCCUGCACAACAAGGGCGUAUCCCACAGCCACCUGCUAGACAGCACUGUGUUUAUGGACAACACGGGCAAUGUGCGCGUUUCGGACUUCUCGCUGGUCCCCAAUCUUCUGGAGCUCCUAAGCGGAACUGGACAAAGUAGUAGUCGUGGCGACUUACCCGCUUUGGGUGCCCUGGUGGAGAGCUUGAUGCCCACUAACAGUUACGAGAUGCGCGACUUUGUAGACAAAUGCAAUUCGGACCGCACUCUCUCCGCUUCGGAGUUGCUUGAGCAUCCAUUCCUGCGCUUUUACGUGGAUAAUGGCCAACAGCAGGUGAUGCAACUACCUCAGCAACGACAUCCUAAUCCUGUCCAGCGAACGGGACCCGCCAUGCCUUACCAGAUACCCACACUGGCUUUAAGUCAAUCCCGCCUGCGAACCGAGUUCGAGGUCCUCAUGUACUUGGGAAAGGGCGCCUUUGGGGACGUGCUGAAGGUGCGCAAUAUUCUGGACAACCGAGAGUACGCUAUCAAGCGGAUACCGCUACCCGCGAGGAGUCGCCAGCUCUACAAGAAGAUGACGCGCGAGGUGGAGCUGCUAUCGCGGCUGAACCACGAGAAUGUGGUUCGCUAUUUCAACAGUUGGAUAGAAAGUGUGGACGAUGCAGAUGCCGCGGAAAUGGACAAGUUGCUGGGUGGAGAAUGGUCUCAGAGCCAGCAGGAGCUCAGCGUGAAACCCGCCAAGUCACCACAACUUGGACCUACUUUGGAGGAGGAUGAGGACGAAGAGGACAGCUCAUCCAGCAUGUGGAAUGGUUAUAUACCCACCAUGGAGGAUUCAGAUUCCGAUGGCAUCGAAUUCGUUGACUCCAAUGGCAAGGUGGCUGUCUACGAUGACGAGGAGGAGGAGGACUCCACCAGGGGCAAGACCAACUCACCAAAACCGCUGAUGCAGGUAAUGUACAUCCAGAUGGAGUUCUGCGAGAAAUGCACACUACGCACCGCCAUCGAUGACAAUCUCUUUGACGACUCGGAUCGCCUGUGGCGUCUAUUUAGGGAAAUCGCUGAGGGCCUUGCGCACAUUCAUCAGCAAGGAAUCAUUCACCGGGAUUUGAAGCCGGUAAACAUCUUCUUGGACUCCCACGAUCAGAUCAAGAUCGGAGACUUCGGCCUGGCCACCACCAGCUUUCUAGCCCUGCAGGCUCACGAAUAUGCGGCCCCUGCGCCUGUUAAUCAAAUAACCAGCGUGGAGGAUGGCACUGGCACGGGAAAGGUGGGCACCACUCUUUACGUGGCCCCCGAAUUGACAGGAAAUGCCUCAAAAUCCGUCUACAACCAAAAGGUGGACAUGUACACCCUUGGCAUCAUUCUGUUUGAGAUGUGCCAGCCGCCAUUUGACACGAGCAUGGAGCGGGCUCAGACCAUUAUGGCUCUCAGGAAUCCUUCCAUCAACAUACCGGAAGCGAUGCUUAAGGAUUCCAAGUACGAGAAAACGGUGAAGAUGCUUCAAUGGCUUCUUAACCACGAUCCCGCCCAGAGGCCUACUGCCGAGGAGUUGCUCAGCUCAGACCUCGUUCCACCAGCCCAGUUGGAGGCCAAUGAACUUCAAGAGAUGCUGCGUCACGCCCUGGCCAAUCCCCAAAGCAAGGCCUACAAAAAUCUGGUGGCCCGCUGUCUCCAGCAGGAGAGCGACGAGGUGCUGGAGCACACCUACCACUUGGGCAGCAGUCGGGCCAUGAAAUCCUGGAACUCGGCUAUCAUAAUCGACGAUAUAGUGUCCCUGAAUCCAGUGAUUGAGUUUGUCAAGGCCAAGGUUGUAAAUCUAUUUCGAAAACAUGGAGCCAUAGAGGUGGACUCACCGCUCCUGUCGCCACUUUCUGCACGGAAUAGCCGUGAUAAUGCGAACGCCAAUGCAGUCCACUUGAUGACCCACUCCGGAUGUGUGGUGGUCCUACCUUGCGAUCUAAGAACCCAGUUUGCCCGCCACGUGACCAUGAACAGCGUAAACCUUAUCCGUCGCUAUUGUGUGGACCGAGUUUAUCGAGAGGAGCGGGUCUUCAACUUCCAUCCCAAGCAGAGCUACGAUUGCUCCUUCGACAUCAUUGCUCCCACAACGGGUAGUCACCUAGUGGACGCGGAACUCCUAUCGCUUGCAUUUGAAAUCACCAGCGAACUGCCGCGAUUGCGGGAAAAGAAUCUUGCGAUCCGCAUGAAUCACACGAAUCUGUUGCGGGCCAUCCUCAUCUUCUGUAAUGUUCCAAAGGCUCAGUAUGGAGCACUUUUCGAGGGCACCAUGGAUUUCAUUGAGUCCCGCAUCUCACGCUUCCAGUUUCACUCAAGUAUUACAGGGAUAAUGGAGAAGUCGCGAACCUCUGGCCAAACUCUGAUGGACAUGUUGUUGGCCAACUUUCUGCUGACUGGUUCCAGAAGCACGGUGGACGAUUCGGCGUUAAAAUCUCUGAUGCGCGGGAAGGGCGAAGCGGCUUCGCUGGCGAGAGGAGCCUUGAGGGAACUGGAAACCGUUGUGGGAUUGGCUUACAGUCUAGGUGUAAAGUGCCCCAUUCACAUUUGGGCUGGUCUGCCCAUCAGCUUCGACCGUGCCAGCAGCGGUGGAAUCGUGUGGCAGAUGACUGCUGACUUGAAACCCAAUCGCUCUGGACAUCCUUCGGUUCUGGCGAUUGGUGAGAGAUACGAUUCCAUGCUGCAUGAAUUCCAAAAGCAAGCGCAGAGCUUUAAUCCCACCUUGCCUGCACGAGGAGUUCUUAGUGGAGCAGGCUUGACAUUCUCCCUGGAUAAACUGGUAGCUGCAGUGGGUGUAGAGUACGCCAAGGACUGUCGAGCCAUUGACGUUGGCAUUUGCGUGUGUGGGACUCGACCGCCGCUCAAGGAUGUGACCUACAUCAUGCGACUGCUCUGGUCGGUUGGCAUCCGUUGCGGCAUUGUGGAAGCCGCCAGCGAACUAGGGGACGAAGCACAGGAUCUUGCUCGUCUAGGAGCCUUACAUGUCAUCCUUGUGGCGGAGAACGGCUCGCUGAGAGUGAGAUCUUUCGAGAGGGAACGUUUCCAGGAGCGUCACCUGACCAGAACCGAACUGGUGGAGUUCAUCCAGAAGCUGCUGCGAACAGAUGGGUUCAAUGGAGCCACCGUGGAAAACUCCAGCCAGUUGUCAAACCUGGGAGCUGGCGACAACAGGAGCAGUGGCGGACGGGAAAGGGAACGCGGCGAGAACGGACUCAGCACCUCUGCAUCGAAUGCAACCAUCAAGAACAGCUACAGCCAGCUGCCGAAUCUACAGGUAACGUUCCUCACCCACGACAAGCCGACGGCGAACUACAAACGGCGUCUGGAAAACCAGGUGGCCCAGCAGAUGAGCUCCACCUUAUCGCAGUUUAUCAAAAAGGAGACCUUCGUGGUGCUGGUGGUGGAGCUGCCGCCGGCUGUCGUAAAUGCCAUUGUGGGGGCCAUCAAUCCCCGAGAGAUACGCAAAAAAGAGACUGAACCGGAAAUCAACUUUGUGAUUGAGCGAUUUCCAAAAUACAAACGCUAUAUAUCCGAGAUAAACGACGAGGUGGUGGACUAUCUGAGCGAUGCCAAAACUCCAAUAGUUGCCUUGUACAGCAUUUCCGAUUCCUACUAUCGCGUCAUCAUCUAGCCAACGCCAUUGCAUAGAUUGGGCGGCACUACCUAGUAGUUUUCGCCAUUAGUAUAAGCUUUUAGUUGUCACAAAUGAUUUGGGCCAAAAUUCUACUUAGUUGGCUGUCUUCCGUGCCAUUUACCUUUUUGUCGAAUCAAAAUUCGUUUUUAGAAGUUUAAUAAUGGAUUGGGUGGAAUCGAAAUUUUUGAGAUUGCACGUUUCUGGAUCUGAAGAAAAUAUUUUGUUUCUUUGGCGAAGAACGAGAUUCUGCCAUUUCAUGUAAUACUUCUCUAAUUUAUAAGCAAAUAGAUUAUAUAUUACUUGGUUAAAAGUAAAAACCCUUACUGAUGCUGUUCACCCUAAGUCAAAGGAAUAGUUGAAAACUUGCAAAAAAUUCCUUGUUCAAUUUGUAGAAAUAUAUUUUAGCUCGUCGAAGAAUUCAAGUAUC